UUUGAAGCGAAGAGGAGGAGGAACGGCCGGGCUGGCUGCGGAAGGGGAGGGGGGGAGGAGACGAUUGGAUGCGGCGGCGGCGGAUCCCGGAGAGCAGCGGAGUGAGAGGAGUAGGGAGUCGGGUCCCCGGAGGGGUAAAUAUAUUUCCAUCAUGGCUCAUUCAAAGACGAGGACCAAUGAUGGAAAAAUUACCUACCCUCCUGGUGUCAAGGAAAUUUCAGAUAAAAUAUCCAAAGAGGAGAUGGUGAGGCGGUUAAAGAUGGUUGUGAAAACAUUCAUGGAUAUGGACCAGGACUCUGAAGAAGAAAAGGAACUUUAUUUAAACCUGGCUUUACAUCUUGCCUCAGACUUUUUCCUCAAGCACCCUGAUAAAGACGUGCGCCUGCUGGUGGCCUGCUGCCUCGCAGACAUCUUCAGGAUCUACGCCCCCGAGGCUCCUUACACGUCCCCCGACAAACUGAAGGACAUAUUCAUGUUCAUCACAAGGCAGUUGAAGGGGUUAGAGGACACGAAGAGCCCACAGUUCAAUAGGUACUUUUACUUACUUGAGAACAUCGCCUGGGUCAAGUCAUAUAACAUAUGCUUUGAGUUGGAAGAUAGCAAUGAAAUUUUUACACAGUUAUACAGAACAUUAUUUUCCGUUAUAAACAAUGGCCACAAUCAGAAAGUUCACAUGCACAUGGUAGACCUCAUGAGUUCUAUUAUUUGUGAGGGUGAUACAGUGUCUCAGGAGCUUUUGGAUACAGUUUUGGUAAAUCUGGUACCUGCCCAUAAGAACUUAAACAAGCAAGCAUAUGACUUGGCAAAAGCUUUACUGAAGAGGACAGCGCAAGCUAUUGAACCAUAUAUUACCAAUUUUUUUAACCAGGUUCUGAUGCUGGGGAAAACGUCCAUCAGUGACUUGUCGGAGCACGUCUUCGACUUGAUCCUGGAGCUCUAUAACAUUGACAGUCAUUUGCUGCUCUCCGUGUUACCCCAGCUGGAGUUUAAACUAAAGAGCAAUGACAACGAGGAGCGGCUGCAGGUGGUCAAACUGCUGGCGAAGAUGUUCGGGGCAAAGGAUUCAGAGCUGGCUUCUCAAAACAAACCCCUCUGGCAGUGUUAUUUGGGCAGGUUUAAUGACAUUCAUGUACCAAUACGCCUGGAAUGUGUGAAAUUUGCGAGCCACUGUCUCAUGAACCAUCCUGACUUAGCAAAGGACUUGACAGAGUAUCUUAAAGUGAGAUCACACGACCCUGAGGAAGCUAUUAGACAUGAUGUUAUUGUGUCCAUAGUUACAGCUGCUAAAAAGGACAUUCUUCUGGUCAAUGAUCACCUGCUUAAUUUUGUGAGGGAGAGAACUCUAGACAAACGGUGGAGAGUGCGCAAGGAAGCCAUGAUGGGACUUGCCCAGAUUUAUAAGAAGUACGCUUUGCAGUCAGCAGCUGGGAAGGACGCCGCGAAGCAGAUUUCAUGGAUCAAGGACAAAUUGCUACAUAUAUAUUACCAAAAUAGUAUUGAUGAUCGCCUGCUCGUGGAGCGGAUCUUCGCCCAGUACAUGGUCCCCCACAACCUGGAGACGGCCGAGCGGAUGAAGUGCUUGUACUACCUGUACGCCACGCUGGACUCAAAUGCCGUGAAAGCAUUGAAUGAAAUGUGGAAAUGUCAAAAUCUGCUCAGACAUCAAGUUAAGGAUUUGCUUGACUUGAUUAAGCAACCCAAAACGGAUGCCAGUGUCAAGGCCAUAUUUUCUAAAGUGAUGGUUAUUACAAGAAAUUUGCCAGAUCCUGGUAAGGCUCAGGAUUUCAUGAAGAAAUUCACACAGGUGUUGGAAGAUGAUGAGAAGAUUAGGAAACAAUUGGAAGUGCUCGUCAGUCCGACCUGCUCCUGCAGACAGGCUGAAGGCUGCGUGCGUGAAAUCACUAAGAAGCUGGGCAACCCCAAGCAGCCUACAAACCCUUUCCUGGAAAUGAUCAAGUUCCUCUUGGAGAGGAUAGCCCCUGUGCACAUAGACACUGAGUCUAUCAGUGCUCUCAUCAAGCAAGUGAACAAGUCGAUCGAUGGGACGGCAGAUGAUGAGGACGAGGGCGUUCCGACCGACCAGGCCAUCAGGGCAGGCCUCGAACUGCUGAAGGUGCUCUCAUUUACACAUCCCAUCUCGUUUCAUUCUGCUGAAACAUUUGAAUCUCUCCUGGCUUGUUUGAAAAUGGACGAUGAAAAAGUAGCAGAAGCUGCACUCCAAAUUUUCAAAAACACAGGAAGCAAAAUUGAAGAGGAUUUCCCGCAUAUCAGAUCAGCUUUGCUUCCUGUUUUACAUCACAAAUCUAAGAAAGGACCCCCCCGUCAAGCCAAAUAUGCUAUACAUUGUAUCCAUGCCAUAUUUUCUAGUAAAGAGACCCAGUUUGCACAGAUAUUUGAGCCUCUGCAUAAGAGCCUCGAUCCGAGUAACCUGGAGCAUCUCAUUACCCCACUGGUCACUAUUGGCCACAUCGCCCUCCUCGCCCCUGACCAGUUUGCCGCUCCGCUGAAGUCCUUGGUGGCUACUUUCAUCGUGAAAGACCUUCUCAUGAACGAUCGGCUUCCAGGAAAGAAGACAACUAAGCUUUGGGUUCCAGAUGAGGAAGUUUCUCCUGAGACAAUGGUUAAAAUUCAGGCUAUUAAAAUGAUGGUUCGGUGGCUGCUUGGGAUGAAGAACAAUCACAGUAAAUCAGGAACCUCCACCCUGCGGCUGCUGACGACAAUCCUGCACAGCGACGGGGACCUGACUGAGCAGGGCAGGAUCAGUAAACCGGACAUGUCCCGCCUGAGACUGGCUGCGGGGAGCGCCAUUGUGAAGCUGGCCCAGGAGCCCUGCUACCACGAGAUCAUCACCCUGGAGCAGUAUCAGCUCUGUGCACUGGCCAUCAAUGAUGAAUGCUACCAGGUCCGGCAGGUGUUCGCACAGAAACUCCACAAAGGCCUUUCCCGUUUGCGACUCCCGCUGGAGUACAUGGCCAUCUGUGCUCUUUGCGCGAAAGACCCCGUGAAGGAGCGGCGCGCGCACGCGCGGCAGUGCCUGGUGAAGAACAUCAACGUGCGCCGCGAGUACCUGAAGCAGCACGCCGCCGUCAGCGAAAAAUUAUUGUCUCUUCUACCAGAGUAUGUUGUUCCAUAUACAAUUCACCUUUUGGCACAUGACCCAGAUUAUGUCAAAGUACAGGAUAUUGAACAACUUAAAGAUGUUAAAGAAUGUCUUUGGUUUGUUCUAGAAAUAUUAAUGGCUAAAAAUGAAAAUAACAGUCACGCAUUUAUCAGAAAGAUGGUAGAAAAUAUUAAACAAACAAAAGAUGCCCAAGGACCAGAUGACGCAAAAAUGAAUGAAAAACUAUACACUGUCUGUGAUGUCGCCAUGAACAUCAUCAUGUCCAAGAGUACCACAUACAGCUUGGAGUCCCCCAAGGACCCCGUGUUGCCAGCCCGCUUUUUCACCCAGCCGGACAAGAACUUCAGUAACACCAAAAAUUACCUGCCUCCAGAAAUGAAAUCGUUUUUUACUCCAGGAAAACCCAAAACGACCAACGUCCUGGGGGCUGUGAACAAGCCACUCUCCGCGGCGGGCAGGCCGUCUCAGAGCAAGUCGUCUCGCAUGGAGACUGUCAGCAACGCCAGCAGCAGCUCAAACCCCAGCUCUCCUGGGAGAGUGAAAGGGAGGCUUGAUAGUUCUGAAAUGGAUCACAGUGAAAAUGAAGAUUAUACAAUGUCUUCACCUUUGCCGGGGAAAAAAAGUGACAAGAGAGACGACUCUGAUCUUGUAAGGUCUGAAUUGGACAAACCCAGAAGCCGGAAAAAAGCUCCUGCCACCGACUCCGAGGAGAAACUAGGCCUGGACGACCUGACCAAGCCGGCACAGGAGCAGAGACCCAGAGGCGGCCAGCGCGGGCGGAAGAGAGGCCACACGGCCUCCGAGUCGGACGAGCAACCAUGGCCGGAGGAAAAGAGGCUCAAAGAAGAUCUGCUAGAAAAUGAGGAUGAGCAGAAUAGUCCACCAAAGAAAGGGAAGAGAGGCCGACCACCAAAACCCCCUGGUGGGGGAGGUACAGCAAAAGAAGAGCCAACGGUGAAAGCUUCUAAAAAAGGAAGCAAAAAAAAAUCUGGACCUUCGGUAGCAGAAGAAGAGGAAGAAGAGGAAAGACAAAGUGGAAACACAGAACUGAAGUCAAAAAGCAAACAGCACCGGCCGUCACGGAGGGCGCAGCAGAGCCGUGUAGGACGCUCCAAACAAGCAGCUGCUAAAGAGAAUGACUCCAGUGAAGAAGUGGAUGUGUUUCAGGGCAGCUCCCCUGCCACCGAGGACGUUCUGCCGGACGCAGCAGAAGAGGAGGAGGUUUCUCCAGUGAAUGUACGGCGGCGAAGUUCUAAAAGAGAAAGGCGAUGAACAAAUGUAAUUAAUAAUUUCUAUGCGAACGCUUUAAAAAGUCAUGUUUUGUCAAGCUUGAGGCUGAGGAAAGCCUUUGAUGCCCAGACUGGGACUGCUGGAGAGGGGACAGUCGGACCUCAGUGUGCUGGCCUCGCACGCUGUGGGCACCACCCUGGAGCCAUACGGGUGGUGGUGACAUUGACUAUGGCGUGUCAUGAAAGUGUAAUUUGUGAUGGCUGUGUAGAAAUAAACUAAAGAAGAAACUUGUAAAUAUAUUUUUCUUUUUUUAAUGUUUCUGACUUCUAAAGUGCUUGUAUAGCUUUUAUCCGUGGCUUUAAAUGGACAGAGCCCGACUGUUUAUUGAUCUGUGCAUUCGAAGAGAGUUUGCUAGGACGGGUCUGAAGCAGGCUAUCUGUCAGUCUUUGUAUUUGUACACUCUGCAGUUUUACUGUGAAGAAUUUUUUGUUCAACAAGGGGUGUCAUUUCUUGAUGGCACUGUUUGUUGGAGAGUUAAAAUGGUCUCUGUCCCUUGUGUAUCUCACCCAGUGCUUACUCCUGGGCGCCCCUGAUCUCCAGAGGUGCUAACCCACCUGCAUCACACCCACCAGACGCCCCUGAGGGGGGGCCCCCACCAAGCAGAGCAGGUUGAGCUGCCGUCCUGCCGCAGUGGAAGUGUCUGACACCGCGGUGUUGGUCCCAGAGUUUUCUGCCUUUUGUGGCAAUGAAAAUUUUAAGAGAGAGAUUUAAAAUAUUUUAAUUUUAAAGAAUGUGUUAUAAAAUAAUGUACUGAAUUCUUUAUUCCAUUUUAUCAUCCCUUUUUGGUUUUUAUUAAUCUACUGUAUCAAUAAAAUUCUGUAAUUUGAAUUAGUUUUUAAUAGUCUAGAAUGUUAUUGUGUAUAGAUAUUUCCUCUUGAACAUGAUGUUCAAAAAAUGCAAAUUAUUACACUAUAAUAUAAAAUCUGAUAUGUACGCAUUAGAAAAGUUCCAGUUCUUCAUAAAACUGUAAAGGUAAUCAGAAAAGAAGAAAAGUUUUAUUGAUGCAGUGUGUCUUUAUAAAGCUGUUCUCGGAAGCACGUGUUUGCGUUUUAUAGUGAGUUGCAUGUUUAUGAAAACGCCACAACUGGGAUGUGCUCUUCCUGUAAAUUCUUGUUUAGCCGUAGAAUAUGACGGAUGCCCCCAUACCA